AUGGCGGCCGGCAAGCACAGCUUGUUCGAUGAAACCGACUUCUAUGAGCCCAGCGAGUCGCGGCUCGAUUCCUGGGACGACGACAGCAACGAGGGUUACAUCCUCACGAAGGAUUGCGACCACGCGCGCAGGCCGCAAGGCCAUAGCGUGUACCGCAUCGAGACCGUCGUUCGGAACAACCGGGACGGCAAGACCAUCAGCGUCAAGCAUCUUGCCUCCGAGGGCGGCUACUACGAACACUACGUCCACAACAUCGCCAAGAAGAAGCAGCCGAUAUGGUUGCACCUCUGCGUAUCAUCAUCGCGCACGUGCCGCGCCAGCUUCCCUGACGCAAAGCAGUACAACCCGAGGCCGGAGACCAUCCACGUGGACAAGUGGGCCCCGGUCACCGUCCAGGAAAUCAAGCAGAUCCCUUGGGCCAAGAAGCACCUGCGCAUGGCGGACUCCGCUCCCGCGGCAGGCUCGGACGGGGGACGGGGGCCCAGGGGGAAACCCGGUGGCCUCCUCAGCACCGCUGCGGACGACGAGGCUGCGAAUGCCCGCGCCGCCAAGGCUCAGGGGCGGAACGGCAACCCCAGACAGGCCGAUAACGGUGGUCGCGGGGAACGCUGUGACACUGAGCGGGGAGGGAACCGCCCUGAGGGCGGCGAUCUCGUCGCUGAUUUGACCUCCCUCGAGAAGUCGCUGGAUGGCGAUUUCGAGGCCGACGACCUCCGGAAGCGCGCGAAUUGGUUGAAGGACAAGUACAUGAAGAUCUCGGGCAAGCGCGGCGCCACCGCCGCACCAGCCGCGGAGCGGCCGGCGAAGAGGCAGACUCUCGACGACAUCCUCAGCAAGCGGGUCGCCGAGACCCGCGCCAAGGGCGAGGACGCCCGUGCCUCUCGUUCGGAUGGCCGCCGUGAUCUUCAUGAGCCUGCCGAUCCAGAUCCGGCCCGUCGGCGCGUCGUCCAGGUAGGUUCGGACGAGCCGGGGGAAGAAUACGGAGGACCAUGCAGCGGAGCUCCGCAGGAGCGCAUCGACAUCCAAACGGUCUGGAAGAAGAACCCAGGCAAGCUCAGCGGGGACACGCUGCAGCGGAUGUCGCGCACCCUCGGUGGCAUGGUGCCCUCCGACCUUCACGACUCCAGCUCGGCCCUGGCCCGUCCCAUCGUGCAGGCCUACCUUCACCAGAUCAUCUACAACCACCACUCGAAGUCCAAGAUGGGGUUGCGGAAUUCCCGCGAGUUGGAAACUUGGGCCCUGGCUGCCGACUGUCUGCUCCGAGGGGAGCUGGGGUCGGUCAGGGACGUCAUCAUGCAACGGGUGAAGGCCCUGGAGCGCUACCUGGUCGACGACAACUGGUCGGUGGCGCGUUGGUUCGAGCUCAUCCCAACCGGGGAUUCCCAGCUCACCCCGAGGAGCGAGGCAGUCUCGGCGCACCGCCUGGAGAAGUCGGAGAGGGACCUCAGGAAGGGCGCCGGCUGA